AUGUCGUGGCGCGCCUUCCCGCAUGUGUUGCUUAUAGACUCCACCUACAAGAAUCGGUAUAAAAUGCCGCUAGUUCAGAUUAUCGGUGUUACAUCCACGUUGAUGUCGUUUUGCAUUGCUCAUGCGUUUAUAAGCAACGAGAAACAGGAAAACUUCACAUGGGUUCUACAGAGGUUGAAACAUUCAUUAGACAGUGUUAUCGAACCCCGUGUAAUAGUAACGGAUAGAGAUCGCGCCCAAAUGAACGCAUGUGCAACCGUGUUUCCCAGGGCUAGACAUUCAUUGUGUAGGUGGCACAUACAGCAAAACAUUGCCAAACAUUGCAGGCCAAGAUUUAAAACCGAAGAAAGCUGGGAAAGGUUUCUUUACAAGUGGGGCAAGCUAAUUAACUCAACGACCGAUCUUGACUACAACUACUGGUACGAGUGA